AUGGUUCAGUGUCCUAUACCCCUCCCCAUUUUCGCGACAGCGGUCAAAUUGUCUGUCACUAUUCGAACCAAUGAAAUUCGCAAGCUGUUCGCCAUGUCCCUGAGCAAAACAUAUCACCAAUUUGUAAUCGCAUUCUGGGUGGGCGUUACCUGGAACGAUUUAACAGAUACUGAGAGCGAGAUGUUCUACCUGGAAUCGGAAGCAAAUAUGAUGUUGGAAAGUGAAUUGGAAGAUCCUAUCGAGCUGUCCACUCGGAUCACAGCUUCCUGA